CCGUUGAAUAAACAUUGGCAUCGGAUAAUGUAAUAAAAUAUCUGUAAAACUGCACUCGAUAUGAAUUUUCGUAACGCACGCGCCCGCCAGCCAGAAAUUGUGCGCUCGGUUCAGAAGGAUGCUCGUUAUACGAAUGAACUUGCCGAGGAUUUGUCGGACGUACUGCGUCUAAGCGGGCCGCGGAACUGGAUAAAGUACAAUCAGCUGUGCAAGCUGCUAGCGGAGCUCAGCUACCAUGGUUUUGCGUCGCUAAACAAUCUACAGACCCUUGGCGAGGAGUAUACGGGCAUUAUACAGGUUGAUGGCGAAUUUAAGCAGAUACCCAGUCGAGUGUUACAACUGCUGGCUAUUGUGUUGGAGUUCGGUGGUGAUGCGCUGUUCGUCCGCUUAUUGCAAAAACUGGAGCUCUAUGUAGCCCAUCAUGAGGAAAUUGUGCCGGAGGCAAAGCAGCAACUGCAGAAAUUGAUACGGCAACUGCACCAUUCUCCCAGUUACAUAAAGGCCCUGCACAAAUCCCUCUUCUAUCUGAAAGCCGGCAGAUAUCAGCUAUCCAAGCGUGUUACGGGUAUUAAUUACGUGCUCAUACGACAUUGGCUGCAGCCGGAAUUCUCGCUGUACGGAUACAAGAUUCUGGGCAUCAUUACAUUCCUACAGGUCAGCGUAUCGCUGGCCAUUAGCAGCUGGGAUGCAUGGAAAGAGCACAAACGUCACCAACUGGAAGCCCUCAAGCAGAGCAGCAAGCGUUUUCUUCAGCGCGCCGAAAGCUCAAAUUCGAAGCCGGUAGCGAAUGCUCCACAGUGUAUUUUGUGCCUGGAAGUUCGAUGUAAUACCAGCCUCACACCGUGCGGACAUCUCUUCUGCUGGAGUUGCCUGCUAGACUGGCUGGACGAACGUGAAGAGUGUCCCUUGUGUAGGGAGACUCUAAAAAAGUCCCAAGUCAUACAACUGCAGAAUUUUGCCUAAGGGCCCCCAUUUGGCCCUGAAUGUUUUUCAUAUUUAAGGUUCAUACUUGUACAUACCAAUUAAUUAAAACUGAAUUACAUUUUCAGGUUUAAUAAAUGAAUUUAUUUAUAUCAUUUA